GAAAAGGAGCGCUGAACAAGAAAGGAAUUCGUAAACAUCACUGUACCCGAUAUGUAUUUCCAUUGGUGCGAGCGGGGAUUAUGGUGCGACAGUUGGCUGCGCGAAUGUCGAGCUACGUUUUCCCUGAAAUCUUGCGUGACACACAAGUAAACAGAGGGUGAAAGAGGACACGCGAUUCGUCCGUGUGUGCCCACGCACGCGUACACGUUCCGUGCGUUUACAUUGUACGCAAUGUGCAUUCGUACCGUGCAAUUCGUUUCGCGUGACUCGUGACUGUUGCGCGUGAACUCGCGACAGGGCUUUCAUGAGUUCGAAUUUCGCGGAUAAGGCGAAAACGGUUGCGGUGGAUCUGUCGUCCAUUGGGACUAGUUUCUCGAGGCGGACCUUGGAACGAAACCGGAGUUAUCGAAACAUUGACGAUACCGGAUCCAUCCACGGCGAUCACCGACUGCGACAGCGUAAAAUAAACGAGUACGUCACAGGUGUACGUCGAGUGCAUCCUUGAGCUCCGUCGAAAAGGGAAAGACCGGAGUAAAUCGAAUCGGUUACCAACUCUGUCGAUAAACACGGUUCGUAUCUCGUUACGCUUGAUUGGCGAGAGACACCUCGCGAAAAAGACGGUCACGGAACAGUCGGGUUUUUUCAUCACCGGAAUUAUAUGCACCUCGUCCUGGUCUGCAUCGCGUUUUGCAGCACGUUGUGGGCCCCGAAGGCUCUGUCUAAGUAACAGUACUUCCUCGCGCUCGCUGGAAUAAGCCUCUCUCCGAAGAACGGGACCCACACUCCACGAGUCCGCUCUCCACACACUCUGUCCUCCCCUUCCGCGCCACCCUUCCCGCCGUCCCACUCUCUUUCUGUGUGCGUUUCCCUCUCCCUUUAUCGCGUUCGAAGUAGUCUGGCCGGUCGAGCACGGGGAGUCUCGUGAAACCAGUCCUCGUACGGUGGACCUCUUGGUUGGUGGGACCUGCAAAGAGUGGUGGUCGCUCGCUUCUCGGUGUAAACCGGCAUCUUUUGCACCUGCCGCGCGAUUCCAAGUUUUUCGGCCUUUCCAAAGUAACGUCUCGGUGCUCUAGGUGUUCCGCAGGUGUUUAUACCAAGAAGAUUUCGCGCGGAUCGUUGCCUACGUAGUUUUCGAACGAACGACACAAACAAGUGUAUCAUUACGCGGGCACAGCGCAUCUGGCGUUUCGACUAACGACUUUGGCCCUCUUCCGUGUAAUCGUUCGAAAAAGUACAGCGACCUAAAGAGUGUGAAAAAUGUGCGAGGAACGGUCGCGAAAGUAGGAAAUAAUCGAGGUUACGAAAUCGGAGUAGAAAAUUUCUGACACGAGACAGCAGCCCGAACCUUUGGUACUUUUUGUUCGUAUCGCGAGUCUCGAAUCGAUUUCUCGCGAACUCGCCGCGUGUGUUUAUCGUGUAAACCAGUCUUGCCGGUCGGAAGCACGCAUCGGUCAUUCGUUAAGUGGCACGCUUUUGCGUUGGACGCGAUACCCGAUUCCGGGUGAAGUUUUCGGUUCGAUAGCGAAAAGACUCGAGGAAAGGCUCCGAAUCUUCGCGUCGAAGAUAAUCAAGGAAACGUUACCGUAUACGAAACGAGAAAAAAAAGGGCCAACAAUAACCAUUUCCGACGACAGAAUCCGGCACCCUGUCACGCGAACGUGAUGCUCGCGACAAGUCGCGUGUCGUUUUAUUUUCUCCGCUCCAAUUUUCGGAGCACGUCGAGGAGUAAGGUCGAGAGCAAUUUCGCGAGCGAAGAAGACAGAUGUCAGUGAAUUAAUCGAAUCAGCAACACGUGCGAGUUUCGAGGGUAAACCGUUACCGCCGCUAUGCCAAUUGCUAUUGAAGCGUGCAAAGGGUCGAGGCGGACAUCGUAAGAAUGAAAUGAACGACAGAGAGGAGUAUUUCGACGGUUUGGAAGCAUUCAACGUCGACGCCACGGUUGCAGGAUCAUCUGGUUGGUGAGCGAGAGGUUAUGUGGCUCUCUCCGUACUCGACCUAACCUCCAAGUGUCUCGGUCGCGAGUCCUACUAAUCCAAUUCGUGCCUCUUACCGCUGUGUACUCGAUGGAAGCUACAUAACAUUUAUCAUCUUAUCGUCGACGAUCUGGCUAAUUUACAAUCUGGUAACGAGAACGAUCGUCUAACUUUGUCGCUGAAAGAUUUCCACCCUCUAUCGACGAAUUACAAACGAAUCGUUCAAAGUGAUCGAUAUUCGAUAUAUACAUAUAGUUAGUGUUUCUCAUUGUUGCCGCAUUGUCGAUUCCGGAUAGCGCUGUCGUUGACGCUGGUCGUUCCGAUAUUCGACACCAUCGGGGAAAUAGGCGCGAAAAUAACGUUGUGAAGUGGUCACUCGGUGCUGAUCGGUUCGCAAUAACCGAAGCUUUACUCCCGCGGUGUGCGCGGUGUCUAAUUGUGCCAGUGCAUCGUUUCUUUUACUCCAUUGUGUCCUCGAACACCGAAACGAACCGAUGGAUCAACGCUGAGGGGAAGCUGCUUGGACGAAUCUGCGGGGAACCAGCCAGAAAUGAAGACCACACAACGCGCGUUAAGCUUCGACGAGACGUCGAUGGACAGUUGUCCACUGUCGGCGAUCACCGAGGGAAGAGCGAGCGACUCGCCGAAGGAUUGCAUCGAGACGGAAGUGACGUCGCUGGAGGAGGCCAAGUCGGUGAUAGCGGCCCUUCGAGCGAGACAGAGGGCACAGGCGCAUCAGAUGCUCGCCUGGAGGAGGACCCUGAAAUUGCAGGAGGAUCUGGUGGCUCGGCUGACGAGGGAGAAGGCCGAGCAGCUCAGGACGUUAUCCUCGCAGCUGCUGCUGUUCGAGUCGAGGCUCUGCCGGAAGCAGAAGGAGAUCGAGGCUAGCCUGGCGCAACGAGAGUCUAUUAUACUCAGACAACAGAGGGUGAUUCGACAACUGCAGAGUAGAUUGGCGGAAAGAAACACCGGCACAAGGGACUCGCCACCUUGCGAUGCUCUAGAUAGAUUGGACAGCCUGGGGGACAGCGACAGCGCCGUCGUGCUCGAGGAGACUGCCGACGACCUGGCACCCCCUAGGUUUCGCUCGAACAUCACCGACGUGACGGUUAUCCGAUCUGUGUCGGACGCGGUGGAGCCAUCGAGCAAAUACUCGUCGAUGCGCCGGUGCAACGGGUUCCUGAGAAGGCCGGAAAUCCUGGAAACUGUUUACUCGGUGGAGGAGGACGGCGACAGCGAGAACAAUCAGGACCCGUCCGAGUCGACGGAGAACUCCGAGUGCGAGGAGCGUCGGACGAAGAACUUCGGGAACGGGAAGGGCAGACUUCAAGAUCUUUACGGCAGCUUCGAGAGACUAGCUCAAGAGGCGGACUCGCCGCCCACCGAGAGGCCCAGGGAUGAGAGUCAGCAGGCGCAGGUGACGUACAACAGGGUAAUGAGCAACCACAGAUCGGUGACGAAGCCGAAAGACGUGAAGUACAAAAGGAUAAACAAGGCGAAAUCAAAGAGUUUGGAGGAACUGAGGGGCCGUCUGAGAAAUUGGGCCGAGAAAGGGAACAAAAUCGCUAUAUCGUUGGAUCAGUCUUACGCCUGAAUAAGGUCCACCUCGUACCUCCUGAAACUAUGUUAUAGGAAUUCUUUCGAGCACGGCGAUCACGGUCGACCGAACGCUGAUAAAACUGCUUCGCUCUUAUCACGCCGAGAGUCGCGCCAAGAGGUCGCGGCGGUGUAUUUAAUUGAAAUUCUCAUCGCUCCAUGUGAUAUUUACUGUAGUGUCUCGAGAAUUAAAUUAGAAAACCUCACGCGUCGCGUGGACAAUUUUCAGCCACUUGUGAUAUAUAUAAUGAUUUUAUUGUAAUACGAGCACGGUUGUUUUAGUGAUAGUCAUUGUCGCGAGGAUGAUGGUGGCGCGUUAGACAGGGCGAGAUAUAAACAGCUUAGAGAGGGGGGUGGGGAACUCAUCUAAAUCUGGAACACAGGGAAGGGCUGUAAAGUAUUGAAUUUUCUAGGUUCGUGAUAAUUAAUUUUAUUUUUCAUAUCCUCUCACACUUUUCUUUUACAAAAGAGUCGAAUCGAUUUCAAAGUAACUCACCGUGGAUUCUUAAAAAUAGAAACAAUGCAAGUCUUUCGUUCUUUGUUUUGUAUGAAUAAUAAUGACGAGCUAUUAAAAUAAUAAACCUCCCCUCUAACAAUGCGCCACUCUCGUGGUGCCAGCGGGAAGGGAGCAGAGAAAUAAUCGAAGGAAUUGCCGGUCGCGUGGCAAUUUUCGCUUGAUUGUUUCCUCUCGGCUUCAUCUUCCCUUCAGCGAGAGAGUAACUUUGCGCCGCCACGAAACCGCGUUGCCAAAUUGUACAAUCAACAAUUUUAUCGCUCUCUCCGUCGUCGGAGCCGCAGACAUUCGAGUAUUUACCCUUAGCAGGCGAGACGAGAAUAUAUUAACCCUGGAACUCCGCGCUUCACUUAUACAGUCAUUGAUCAAAUUAUCGAAGACACCUUGGAGAAUAGGUUUUUCCAUUUCAACCCAUUCUCGUACCGUUUCUCUCUUGUUCCCUUUGAAGGUCUGGCACGAGCCACAAUUCGACGCCGUGUUUGC